UUGAUGAAUGCAGAUCAAACCCAUGCAAAUAUGGCGGUAACUGUACAGAUAUGAUCAAUGGGUUCCUGUGUCAUUGUCCAGUGGGUUACUCUGGCGUGCAGUGCCAAAUAAGACCUACAACUACAACUAGUACAACAACCAGUACGACGACAACAACUCCAGCUCAAACCAGUGAUACAACUAGUACAACAGUGACAACAACUGGAACUCUAACAAGUAAUACAACUAGUACAGCAUCAACAACAACAGCAGCUACUACAAAUACAGUCACAACAACGGGAACUACUAUGUCUGGUAUAAGACAGACCACCUCAGUCGGUACAUUACCAACCACCCCAACUGUUACUAGUACAAGACCGACCACCCAAACUGGUACAGGACCGACCACUCCACCUGGUACAGGGCCGACCACUCCACCUAGUACAAAACCAACCACCACACCUGGUACAGGACCGACCACUCCACCUGGUACAGGGCCGACCACUCCACCUAGUACAAAACCGACCACCUCACCUGGUACAGGGCUGACCACCCCACCUAGUACAAAACCGACAACCUCACCUGGUACAGGACCAACCACCCCACCUGGUACAAAACCGACCACCUCACCUGGUACAAAAUCGACCACCCCAAUUGGUGGUCUCAGAGAAUCCGAAGGGGAAACACCAGGCUAUAAAGUAACAACAGUGGCAACUUUUCCGCGACCAUCAAACUUCUCCAAUGAAUGCCUACAGGCCAUUGAAAGUGCUACAAAUUACUGGUUCCAGCAAAAUGAUAUCAGCAUCAAUAUAACUCAUCUUUCAAGAAGUUUCUGUAACUCAUACUACACACGGGUUGUAUUUGAGGGACUUACCUUUACCAUGGAUGAAAAUAAGAUUUACCAGAAGAUAAAGUUUGGUUACCACUUCUAUAAUAUGACAUUUGCAAAAGAAGUGUUGACAGCCAAAAAGGUCCGUGAUUGUGGAGAUAAAAUCGUGGAAUACUUUGAAGCAAACCCUGCUCCUUACAAUACAAUGGGAAAUGGGAAAUGCCCUGCUCUGGGUGCAACUGAUGUCAGACACAAUGGGACAGUGAGGUGUAGAAUUGGAAAGGUGGUCAAAGAAGAUGGUGGUGAAGAUGGUGGAGUUUGUCUUCCAGUUCCAUCCAAAGUGCUAACACUCCAGUUUAAUGUGACAUCAUCAGAAAACACAUCAACACCCAAGGACUGCUGGCAGUAUUAUAGCAACAUCAUGAAUCAACGAUUUGUAGCUUAUUCCGUCAAUCUUGAUGACUUGGUGAGACAGGCUUGUAACUCUGAUGACUACACAAUAUUUGGACCUCCUGGUCUGCCAGUUGUGACUUGUCAUUCUGUCACCUUAAAUAUGGGCUCCUGUCAAGUUAGAGGUGUACUAGUCCAACAUAAAGAUAUUCCCAGGGAUAAGUACAUGGAGUGUGCACGCAACUUUUCUCUGGCAUUUAAAGGUGAUCUUCCCCUUGGUAAAUUACUGGCAG